ACGCUUUAAAUUACAACGUAGAAACAGCGUAGUGUAGUAAACGUGGUCGAUGGCAACCCCAGAGCAUUUCUGUGUUAUGCUUCUGCUCUGCGUGUGCGCCUGUUGUUGUGCGAGUGACUAUUACUCGUUGCUAGGAGUUUCGCGCUCUGCAUCUGCGAGAGAGAUUAAGAAAGCUUUUCACAAAGUGGCUCUUAAAUACCAUCCUGACAAGAACCAAAGCCCAGAUGCACAGCAGGCCUUCACACACAUUGCUCAUGCAUACGAGGUGCUGUCUAAUAAAGAGAAGAGGAGAGUGUAUGACCAAAUGGACCACAUAACUGACCCUGAUCAGGGCAGAGACAGCAAGACCAUGGGGAAUAAUCCCUUCAAUGACAAAGGAGGUUUCUAUAGCAAAAGCGGUUUCCAACAUUUAAGUCUGCAGGAGCUGCUUCAGAUGCUACAGCUAGAUGAUGACUUAUUCUUGGGCGAAGAACCAAGUUAUGAAGGAUGGAGUUAUAAUUUUGGGGCUGAGGAUGAUGAUGAUGAAAAUGUCUUCCUCAGUGAUCUAUUCAACAUGCUGUGA